AUGGCUGCCGAAUCGCGAAACCCUUUGGUGGGUGGCGUGCAGCAUUCGCACGAUUUCUACACUGUCCUGAGAGUCGAUCGGAAUGCGUCGGUCAGUGAUCUUCGAUCUGCCUACCGCCGAGCUGUGCUUCACGCACAUCCUGACAGAGGGGGAAGCUCUGAAGCAUUCUGUUUGGUCACGAAGGCCUUUGAGACGUUGUCGAAUCCCUCCGAGCGGAGCGUGUAUGACGGAAGCCUGGAGGGCGAUGCCAACUACAAAACCGGAGGUUCAACUAACAGCGGAUGCAAGCGGCGUUCGACGAGCGAAGAUGGCCACAAUGAAUCUGGGGCAGGAAGAGGAACCAAAGCGCCAGAGGAGAGUCUGACAACCCUUCACGAAGUACUGCGAGAAAUGGGCAAGCCAAUGCGUGACCAAGAGAUUUGCAAGAUGCAUGAAGGUGUUCGGACUGCUUUGCUCAAGUUCAUGGAGGAGAGGCGAUCCCUGGAGAAGCCAGUAAAGUUUCGUGAACCGGUGUAUGCUGUUGGUUCUAGCUGCAUGCGACUUCGAAGCUUUCGAGACUCAACUGGUCGCGAGAAGUUCAGCGUUCAAUUAGAUGUCGACUGCUUGAGGGCAUACACCCGUCAGGUGCCGCUGGAGAGUGCCAUCGAACAUCAACUGGUGCUGUCUGACUUGAGAGACCAUCUGCUGAAGGCUGAGGCAUCAUUCUGGAAACCGCCCUUCAAGAUCUGCCAAGUUUUCCAAACCGUACUCUCAUCUCACACCACUACAGUCUGCACGCUUGGCCUCAGCAUCUUCGUUCAGAUGCGAGCAUCGGAAUGGAUUCCGAAUGCUUACUCUCUCACGUCGCCAGUCAUGGGGUUCGACGAGACGGUGGCGCUUCGCCACCGAUUGAUAACUGCGAGGGCGACUUCUUGGGCGAUGUUGCGUCGAGAGUGGGUUGCUCUCUUGCAGGCGAGAAAGUACAGCAUGACGGCAGGGGAUGCAUCAGUUUAUGUCGACAAGGCAAGGGAGGAGCUUUUACGAAGGCGCCUUGUCCAGGCCACAACAUGCGUGGAGCUGGCCCAAAAGCAGGAGCCGGCAUCGGAGACAUCGGGCGAAGGAAUGAAAAACCAUCUUUGUCGCAAGAAAUGCAGAGGUCCCAAUUCAACAUGUUUGACAGCAGCGGCAUUGCGAGUGCACACUGAAGCUUGUGCUUCAAGACCUUGCUCUGAUCGGCCUUUUGCGAAUCUUGCGGAAACGUUGGGUGAUGAUAAGUGA